AUGCGAUACGAGAACUGGGAUGUCAUCCUCUUCCCCAGAGACUCCCACAUCCCCAUCCAAGAGUUCAAGACAGCCUGCUAUGUUUCACAGGACGAGUAUGGCCAUCAGCUUCCUACACUAAUCUGUUACAUCGUGUCGCUCCCCGCCUCUACACCCUUCCGUAUCUCGAUCCACUCUUGGACCUCGAAAGCAAAGCCGAGUCAUCUUAUCGAGUCCAAGCGGAAGCCCCAUCAGCGAGUCGUUUACACUCUUCGGGUUGUUGUAGAUGGUGAUCGGGUCUUCCAUGGUUGCUACGAGGUCUCUACCAAGUGGCCUCAAGAAGUUGCGCACGAAAAGCGAGGAAUUGGUGAUAUUGACCGCCAAGCCAGUCAACGUAAACCCACGCUUCAGUUCCCCCCUUUCCGACCGAAUGUCCUUAUGUGUAGCUCUUGGGACGCUCGCGAGAGUAAUGGCAGGAUAAAGCUCUUUCUAUCAGAGCAAUUGAUUAGCAAACACAACGGCGUUAACGACUUGGAGUUUGGGGCUUCAAAUGAUCUCAUUUGCUUCUCGUUCCAACAUGCCCCAAGAGAAAUCCUGGAACAGGCUGGCAUUUCCUGGCCUAUCCGCAACCCACUGUUCCUUCCAUCUGCGGGCGAUUCUCAUCCUUCAUCCCACACUCCCCUUUCUCAUACCAAACCUCGUAAUCAAGGAUCAGAAGGUCGGCCACAGUCGCCACUAUCUAGGCAUGCAGGGCCUGGGUCUGCAUUCCCAAGACCUCACAACCCCGAACCACAUGCUAGGCCCAGGACCGAGCCACUUCCUCAUUUCCAGCAGGCUCAUAGAUCCCAAACCGGAGAACGAGGAGCCCUGCGGACUGGACUUUGGGAGGGUUCUAUGGGUGACUCUCUAGGGGACCCUUUCGGGGAUGUUAGCAUGAUGGACACCUGGUCCACAAGACAAACUAGCUCUAACGAAACUCCGGACAUCUCUAUGACGGACCUUUUAGCUUCUCCGCCGUCUUCGAAGGCGAAAUCAACUGGCCAUAAUCCGAUUGAGGAACAUGACAAAACCCGAGCCAAAGCUCUCGAGGAACACCGACGCAAGAGAGAGAGAGAGGAACGACAAGUUGUCAUGGCUUUGAGAGACGACCAAUUCGAGACCUUGAUUGGAGCUAUAAGCCCCCCGAAGAAGGGUCGUGAGCGUGAGCAAGGUUCUCAUGGUCACGAUCAAGAUCAUAAACAUUUCCACCAGGCCACUUCUCAAGCGCCUCCACCUAGGAUGGGACCGACCGGACCACCAAUGAAUACACGACCUUCGGCUGCUGCACUUGCCCGUACAUCGUCGUACCCUGACUUCCAUCCCCACAUACGAAAUACUCCGCACAAGUCCUCGCCGACUCUGAAAGAAGAGAAGCGAGGAUCAGCUGACAUCCACAAAUCCCCUUUGAGAUACCAGCAGGCAUCCUACACCAGCGACAAAGAAAAUUGUCCCCCAAAUUUCCAAGCCCAAGAAAAGCACAUUCCAACUCCGCAUCCGACCGAGAGCCGUGUUCCUACGCCGUACCCAUUCGCGCAAAAUCAAGGUCCGCCAGGGCAUUCUUUUCCCAAGUUUUCGUCCUGGGAAUCCGACGUCGAAAUGCGUGAUCCCUCUUCUCUAUUCUCGAGCCUGUCUCGCCGCGAAAAGGAGACUCAACAACUGGCUCAUGGAAAGGGCAGUCCCGCUCAUAUGCCUGCAGCAUCGGGCGGUAUCAAGUCAAGGAAAGAGGGCCUUGGUAUCGGUUCUCCCGCAAGUACGGAUCCUGUUAUUCGUCACGAUAAGAGUUUACUCCCUUCCCCGGGCAUGAGCGUAGCCCAAGAACAUGCUAGAGUCCCGCAAAAUACGCCAGUUAGUUCCGCACCGCUAACCCGCAUCGAAAAUAUUGUCGACGUGCAUGAGACAAAGCCGUUUGUACCAGGCCAUAGAAGUAAUGAGGAUAGCAUUGGCAAGAUUGAGCAACAGCUGUGGAGUGCGCUUGGAGACGAGCUCACUAGCUUCGAGACUGCCGCAAAUAGUGCUUCAUAUGGUCACAAUGGAAAUGUAGCGUCUAUGGAUGUUGAGGGCGGUGGAUUGUCUGGGUUGGAGGAGCUAGAGUCUCCCGUAAUGAAAAGGAAGAGGAAGGGUACGAUGGGUGGGGAGAGAGGAAGAAGUCCGAGUGCGAAGGUGAUGAAGGAGGGCGGUGUGAGUGCAGCUGGGGGUGGUGAGGGUCGUGGUGAUGUUACUACUAUCACUUGAUGCUGGGAGCUUUCUGCCACGGAAGAGUGUGGUAUUGGUAUGGCGCGCAUUUCGGUAACUGGUAUAAUUACCUUUCCGACAGGACUGGAGACAAGGAGGAUUGGGUUUGACUAAGGAUUGGCUUAGUGCUGGAUCAGCGUACAUGCUCUUGGUCGCUGUAUUUGUUUCUGUACUGGGGGAUGCGUAUUGGGUUAUGAGAAGAAGCGCGAUUUUGAAGUAGAG